AGGCGGAGCCCCGAGUGGCUACAGUUGGCCCGGCUUCCUGGGGUUGGAAGCCAAGCAGUCCGACUCCUCCUGGCUCCGGGAUGGCGUCCCCACGGGAACUGACCCAGAACCCCCUGAAGAAGAUCUGGAUACCGUACAGCAAUGGGAGGCCCGCCUUGCACGCCUGCCAACGCGGUGUUUGCAUGACCAACUGCCCGACACUCAUUGUCAUGGUGGGCCUGCCUGCCAGGGGCAAGACCUACAUCUCUAAGAAGCUGACUCGCUAUCUGAACUGGAUUGGCGUGCCCACUCGGGAAUUCAACGUUGGCCAGUAUCGCCGGGACAUGGUCCAGACGUACAAAUCUUUUGAGUUUUUCCUUCCAGACAACGAAGAGGGCUUGAAAAUCAGGAAGCAGUGUGCCCUGGCAGCCCUCCGUGACGUCCGGCGGUUCCUUAGUGAGGAGGGGGGACAUGUGGCGGUUUUUGAUGCAACAAAUACCACCCGAGAACGGAGAGCGACCAUCUCUAAUUUUGGGGAACAGAAUGGCUACAAGACCUUUUUCGUUGAGUCCAUCUGUGUGGACCCUGAGGUCAUAGCUGCUAACAUCGUGCAAGUGAAACUGGGCAGCCCUGACUAUGUCAACCGGGACAGUGACGAGGCCACAGAGGAUUUCAUGAGGCGCAUCGAGUGCUAUGAGAAUUCGUAUGAGUCCCUGGAUGAGGACCUGGACAGGGAUCUGUCCUACAUCAAGAUCAUGGACGUGGGGCAGAGCUACGUGGUGAACCGAGUGGCUGACCACAUCCAGAGCCGUAUUGUGUAUUACCUCAUGAACAUCCACGUCACGCCCCGCUCCAUCUACCUGUGCCGGCAUGGGGAGAGUGAGCUCAACCUCAAGGGCCGGAUCGGCGGGGACCCGGGACUGUCCCCCCGGGGCAGGGAGUUUGCCAAGAGUCUGGCCCAGUUCAUCCGUGAUCAGAACAUCAAGGACCUGAAGGUCUGGACAAGCCAGAUGAAAAGGACAAUCCAGACGGCCGAGGCACUGGGUGUGCCUUACGAGCAGUGGAAAGUCCUCAAUGAGAUCGAUGCGGGCGUCUGUGAGGAAAUGACCUACGAGGAAAUUCAGGAUCAUUAUCCACUGGAGUUUGCCCUGCGGGACCAGGACAAGUACCGGUACCGGUACCCCAAAGGGGAGUCCUAUGAGGACCUGGUCCAGCGACUUGAACCUGUCAUCAUGGAACUGGAGAGGCAAGAGAACGUGCUGGUCAUCUGCCACCAGGCUGUGAUGCGCUGCCUCCUGGCCUAUUUCCUUGACAAGGCGGCAGAACAGCUGCCUUACCUCAAGUGUCCUCUGCACACCGUCCUGAAGCUGACCCCUGUGGCUUACGGUUGUAAAGUGGAGUCCAUAUUCCUGAACGUGGUGGCUGUGAACACGCACCGGGACAGGCCUCAGAAUGUAGACAUCUCGAGGCCUUCAGAGGAAGCCCUGGUCACAGUGCCUGCUCACCAGUGACUGUCUCAGCCACUGCAACCCUGGCCAGGUGGUGAUUUCUACAGACAAGGUCAUUCCAGGCUCCCCUGGCCACAUGACAGUCACCAUGCAGGAACACCCUCAAAGCCGGAUGUGGCUCGUGGUGCCCAGAACCCCCACCCCUGUCUGCCUGCUUCCUGUUGACAGCGAUGGGGUUGUACCUGGUGCCUGACCUGCUGCUGAAAAUCACUCAGCCAGACUGUGCCUGUUCAGGCUGGUGAGACGUUGCCCAGCACCGGACCCUGUUGUAGCUUUGGGCACCUCUCUCACCUGUCAGGUUGGCUUCAUGAAGUGUGAAACCCUAAAAUGUGAAAUGAAAAGCACUUGCUAUGAGGAUCCCACCAUGGCCGGGCUGCCUGGGGUGGACCUGGGGACCCCUGCAGGUGCCCUGCAGUCCUCUCCUCUCUGUGGCCACUUCUUGAGUCAGAGGCGAGGGCUUCAUGGGCUCCUGAGCUCCACUGCCUUCCGUCAGAGGAGAGCCCUUCCCAGCCUGCCCUGCCGAGAACUGAAAGCUUCUGCCAUGGCCCUUAUGUCCGAGCCACUCAGGAAAGCAGUGUGCUCACUUCACCACAAUGCAAUGUGCAGACGCCUGCAGGGAGCACAGCAUUUACAGUGACCCUUCCCAGGCGUGCCUACACUGGAGUACUUGUGGGAGCUGGUGGCCAAGGCCGCCCCUUCCCGACUGCUCCCAUGGUGAAACCAUGGAAAGACGGUAUUGUGUGAGUUACCCUUCCCAGUGCACAUGCCCAAGUGCUCAAGGGAGAAGCUGCCGUCCCAUCACCCCUCCUGGCCCUGCCCUCCGGGCGCCCUCCCGCCCCUGGCUGCCUGUGUCCACACAGGAGUGUACCCGGGGGCAGGGACAUGUAUUUGCUGUGAAUGAUGGAGAAAAGCUUGUUGUGGUCCUGUAAAGCCCAUCCUGGCAUUUGUUGUCCUCCACCUGUGAGACUGAGCAGGGGGAAGGCUGACACUCGGAGGCAGCCUUGUCCACGGGGGAUUUUUUCCCAGACACAUCACAGCUUUUGAUUCAUGUGAACGGGCGCCUGUUGAAAAUAACCUCGGGAAAUCUGCCAUCUCUCAUGCCCCUGAGUUCUUUUUUUU